UUCCGUAGCUGCGCUGCAGUUUGUUGACAUUUGUUUCAGCUGAGUUUCAGCACCAACAGAGCACCGCUGCUGGAUUUAUUCCCGCUAACGGCAUCAUUUAUUGCUCAGAAACAGAUUUGUAUGUGUUGAGACGAGCAGAAGUUACUUAUGACCGACAUUUUCUGACGUUGUUCCGUCUUUGAGACGGUGACCGUCAGCGAACAGCUAACAGGCUAGCUACAACAUUAGCCGAGCAUUCAACAAAUUAUGGAGGGGAUUUUGCACAAGUGGACUAAUUACAUGACAGGUUGGCAGCCUCGCUGGUUUGUCCUCGAGAAUGGAGUCAUCUCGUACUACGACAGCGAGGACGACGUUGGCAAAGGCAGCAAAGGAUCCAUCAAGAUGUCCGUGUGUGACAUUAAAGUUCACCCGACGGACUCGACGCGUCUGGAGCUGAUCAUUCCUGGCGAGCAGCAUUUCUACGUGCGAGCUGUGAACGCUGCAGAGAGACAGAGGUGGCUGGUGGCUUUGGGAUCAUCUAAAGCUGGAGCCCUGGAAAGCCACAAACACAGAGGUCCAGAAUGUCUCAAGACAAAGAUGUCUGAACUGCGUCUGUACUGUGACCUCCUGGUCCAGCAGGUCCAAACCAUCCAAGCACAGCACUCUGUGGCAACAGAGACCACACCCACUUCUGAGGCCUCGCUGCUCAGUGCCACCUGUGAGACAUUCAUCAGGACUUUGGAGGAGUGUAUGAGUCUGGCCAACCAGAGUUUGACCCCUGACCUCCGACCUCCAGAAAGGAUGAAGAGGUCCAUCAGCCAUCCUGGAACAUACAGCUUUGACAGAUCAGGUGUACUGAAGGAGUAUGUGAGCGGGGGUCAAAGGUCAGCUCAGCGCAGACACCGGACGUCCUCGGACAGCUCCGUUUACGACACUGAACGUUUGCUGCCCAGUCUGAAUGGAGAAUCAACCUCCAUUCCUGAGGAGAGGAGAGCCAGUGAGAGUCCAAAGACGAGCCCCACGGACACAGACACCGACCUGUCCAUCUGA